AUGGCUUCGCUUUUACCCGAUGAACAUGAAAACAAUCACACAGGCGUCUCACUUCCACUGGAUGUGUUAUCAAAUAUAGCUUCCCUCAUCCACCCACCGUUUCAUGCUCCCCCUCCUCCGUCAGAACCUUGGUCCACCCCUCAGAUCGAUGUGAUACAUUGCGUCGAUCCGCAACCGACCCCCAUUCAGAAUCACCUUCAGCUUCUCUCCUCUUUUACAAGAUCAUCGACACGCGCUUUAGAAGCUGCCAGACCUUGGCUAUGGGAGGAUGUAGAUGUCCGUUCAGGUAGAGGAUGGCUAGGCAUUGUCGAUGCUUUGACUGAGGAGGUUGUAGAAAUGGAAGAGGCCAUUCCUGAGGCCGGUCCAAGCACAUUAUCCACAGCUACAAUCGAACCGAUACCAGUAUCUGGACCAGAAGCCCACAAAGCGCCAGUAACAAUCUCGGAUGGCUUCGCAACUUAUAUUUCUACACCUCCAUCUUCCGUCUACCCUUAUCCGUAUGGUGAGAUAACGAGUAGUCCUUCUUUCUCAUAUUCACCACCACAGCCUUCAUAUAUUCGCGAACUUCUCACACCUCCCGGAUCUCGAAACGCUUCUCCUCAUCCCUUACCUUCCCCUUCUCCCCCACAGCUCUCCUCGCCUUCCACGUCAGUCCCACCGCCACUAGUACGAGGAGUUUCUCAUCCCGCUCCUGCAGCCCUGAAAACUUCAUCGAAAUUAAGAGGUCGAUCGAGGAGUCCACAUAGAAGUGUCAAUUUUGAUACGGAAAGUAUAUCGUCCGUUCUCACUAGAAGCCGAAGCAAUAGCUCCAAUAUAGCUGGCGGAAGUGGGUUCCUGCGGCGUCAGACGAGUUUAUCGAAAGCACAUCAUUAUAAUGAUGUAGAUGAAGAUGAGGCAGAUGAAAUUUUAGACGAAGCAACCCCUCUACGUGGAUUUGCAGAAAGUAGGAAUCCAGUCAUUACAUCGAGAGGCACACAAGAGUCAAAAGAGAACGUCAACCCGGAUUUGCUACCGCCUCCUGGACCAUACAUCCGUCACAUAUCUUUCACCAAUUUCCGGACUAUCGGAAGCAGGCGUAGUCAGGAUGAAGCGGUUAGAGGGAGAUUUGUUACUGGUGGAAGACUAGAAGGGGUUAUCAAGAACGCUCCCAAUCUCGUGUCACUGUGCAUGACCGAGUAUGUUGACUCUGCUCUUAGCUAUCCGGUUAUAGAAGAGCUAUUCUUUCGAGGAUACAGGAAACCCCGCUACCAUUCCCCUUCCAAAUCUCUUUCUCGUGUCCGCUCCUUGUCUGUGGGUCCGCCAGCAUCAAUUGCAUCUUCCGAUUACGACCAACUUGAUCCGCCUCGUCCGACAUACGCGCCUUAUGAAGAUGAGACGGAAGAUGAGAAAUGGAGGAGAAGAUCCAUGUUCACGCCUAUCGAAGCCCUCGAUUUGACUGGAUGUGUCAGUAACAACUACACCGAGGCGAUGAACCAAUUCUUCGCUACAUGGUUGAUGCCUGAUGAAGAAACAGAUGAGGAAGAGAGAGGACGUGAACGAGCGCGAUCAAGUCGUAGACACAGAGGAAGGUACGGAGGAUACACCACACCUGAAGUUACCGAAGAUGAAAGUGACGCUCACGGUCAUCGAGCCAAAAGAAAGGUUCCGAAAUUCAGAGCGCUGAAAAGAUUAUCAUUGAGAGCUUGUACAAGACUUGAACCUCCAGUCCUCACCGCUUUAGUGUUCGCCUGUCCGAAUCUUACUCAUCUCGACUUGUCCGGUACCCGAAUUCCAUCCGACCUACUCGCCCAUCUCACCGAGAAAUGUCCAAGAUCUUUGAGACUCACAUCAUUGAGUUUAGCUCGAUGUCCUCGACUCGAUCCACAAGUCAUCGUUGACUUCUUAUGUCGAUGUCCCGCCGCUCGAGAUCUGGUCGAUCUGAACUUGUUCGUCAAGCCAACUCAAGGAAAUGUAAUCGAACAAAAUGACCUCAUGAGAUUGAUAACCGAAGCGCCUUGCAUAAAAUCCGGUAGAUUGAGAUAUCUCGAUUUGUCAUCCGCAAGAUUCACACCCGCUCAUUUGGCUCAAGGUGUUUUCCCUCCUCAACCAAGUCUGAUCAGUCUAGGCCUCUCACAUAUCCCAACAUUAAGUUUACCGCCGAUCGCAGAAUUCCUUACCAAUGUAGCAUCAAAUGUGGAAGUUCUCACUUUGAACGGUACGGCCACGACAUCGAAUCUUGAAGCCUCAUUAUCGCCACUCCAGCUCACAUUAGAAUUACACGCAAGACUUAUCAACCCUCUCACGACUGUUCCAUUCUCUCUAUCCAAUCUGAAUCUUUCCGGGGGCGCACCAGGAAUCAGUUUCAACCCUGGACCUACAAGACUAAGGGUUUUGGAACUGUCUUCCAAUAUCAGAAGAUCAAUUACACCGAAUGGUGAAUGGCAAAUUGUCAAAUCGAAAGGAGGUCGAGGAUGGUAUGUUGAUUUAUCAGCUGGAUGGAGGAGAUUAGAUGGUGACAUAGAAGGUAAAGAAGGAUGGGAAUAUGUUAGGCACUUACCUAAGAUCGACCCGAGAAGAAGAUGGUUGAAUCAUCUAAGUGAAAGUAAUGGAAGAGUAGGAAGUAACGUAGGUUGGCAUAGUAGGAAAAUGGAAGUCGUGAGAGGAAUGGGAAUGAUGGGUAGAGAAGAAGGUUUAGCAGGUGUAGGGGCAUUCGCCUUUGAAGAAUAA